CAGACAGAUGUUCAAGCACAACCUUUUUUGUUUUUUUAAAGCGGAAAUAAAAAAUAACUCUCGUCCACCGUCGGAACUUAUCAGUGUGACAUCCAGCGGAAGUAAACAACACAAGCGCCUGUAUCGUCAGCUGCUCGCACGUGUGGAGCUGGCUGUAAAAAACGAUAUUGUAGACGUUGCGGAGGUAAUUAUUCCAACAAUGUCCUCAGUUGAGUCUUUGAGAGAGUUUGUCACCGAGCGACUCACUGCCGCUGCUCAAGAAAUAUUCGGAGUCUUUGAAAAAACUAUCUUCCAGUACGAGGAAGAGGUCGACCGUCAGCGCAGACUGCUGGAUGUCGUUUGGAAACCUGCAAUAAAGCUACACAGGAUAGAGCUCCCAAAGCAACAUGUCUGUGAGGAGGAGGAGGUUCUCUCUGACCAGCAGCUCUGUGUUCAGGAGAGGAACUCCAGUCUGGACCAAGAGGACCCAGAGCCUCCACAGGUUAAAGAGGAACAGGAGGAACCCUGCACCAGUCAGGAGGGAGAGCAGCUUGAACUGAAGCAGGAGACUGAGACCUUUGUGUUGACUCCUAGUGAUGAGGAAAGUGACCACGGUAAAGAUCAGACUCUGAACAUGAGUAACGAUGAAAAUCAGAGUGUGGUGGAAGAAACACCUCUAGGCUACACUUCAGUUGAAAGCUCUGUAGUACCGGAACCAAACGAGGACCACCAGCUCCUCUCACACAACUCUCAUGCAGAUAAAGGCCAAGAUCAGAAAGGAGGCGAGCAUGGAUCCUCUGAAUCCACUAGUAAUGCAGAGCCAAAACCGUUACUCCAGUGUGACACAUGUGGGAAAGAAUUCAAGUUUAAGUCUAUUUUUUACAGACAUCUGAGAACACACACAGGUGAGAAGCCACAUUCUUGCAAAACAUGUGGAAACAGUUUUCAAUGUAAUAGUCACUUGGUCGUCCACAUGAGAACACACACAGGUGAGAAGCCACAUUCUUGCAACGUAUGUGGGAAACGAUUCAUUCAGAAAUCAGCAUUGAAACUUCAUUUGGCGAUCCACACAGGUGAGAAGCCACAUUCUUGCAAAACAUGUGGAAACACUUUUCGAUGGAAUAGUCAGUUGGUGGUCCACAUGAGAACACACACAGGUGAGAACAUGAAGCCACAUUCUUGCAAAACAUGUGGAAACAGUUUUCAAUGUAAUAGUCACUUGGUCGUCCACAUGAGAACACACACAGGUGAGAAGCCACAUUCUUGCAACGUAUGUGGGAAAGGUUUCAUGACGAAAUCCGCAUUGAAACUUCAUAUGAUGAUCCAUACAGGUGAGAAGCCACAUUCUUGCAACGUAUGUGGGAAACGAUUCAUUCAGAAAUCAGCAUUGAAACUUCAUUUGGCGAUCCACACAGGUGAGAAGCCACAUUCUUGCAAAACAUGUGGAAAACUUUGGUGGUCCACAUAUGAAUAG